AUGGGAGAUUCAGCAGCAGCUGAUGUCGAGAAGACCAAGGGCAAUGCCUUGUAUAAGCAGCGCAAGUUCGACGAGGCGAUAGAGUGCUACGAUAAGGCUAUUGAGCUCCAGCCGAAUGACCUGGUCUAUUAUAAUAAUAAGGCAGCCGUCUUGGUCGAGCAAGAGAAAUACGAAGAGUGCAUCAAGUUGCUGGGGGACGUCCUUGCCAAGCGAUACGAGAUGAAUGAUGCCCUCAAGGGUGGUGCCUCCUUCGAGAAGUGUGCAAAGACUUACGUUCGAAUGGCCACUUGCUAUGUCCGAAUGAAUAAAUUCGAUGAUGCUAUUGAGAUGUACCAGAAGGCCCUUACUGAGGAUAACAAUCGUCAUACUCGUACGGCCCUUAACGAGUGCAAGCACAUGAAGGAGAAGUACGAGAGGGAGGCCUACAUCAAUCCAGAGCUGGCUGAUGAACAUCGUGUCAAGGGGAAUGAGUGCUUUAAAGCUGCUGAUUAUGCCGGCGCUAAAAAGGAGUACGACGAGGCCAUCAAACGCAAUCCGAGCGAUGCCAAGCUGUAUUCCAACCGAGCAGCGGCUCUCACUAAACUCAUGGCCUACCCUGAUGCCCUCAGGGACCUCGAUGAGUGUCUCAAGCUCGAUCCCAAGUUCGUGAAGGCGUACAGUCGGAAGGGAACAGUGCACUUCAUGAUGAAGGAUUAUAAGAAGGCACUUGAAGACUAUGAGAAGGGCCUGGAGAUCGAUCCAUCUCAUAAGGAGCUCCUCGAUGGGAAAGCAGCAGUCAUUGCUAAGGUUAACGAGCAGGCCAGGUCGAAGGGUGCACCCGACCCGGAGACGGUGAGGCAUGCCAUGCAGGACCCUGAGGUCCAGAAGAUCCUCAAGGACCCUCAAAUGAAUAUAGUGCUCCAGCAGAUGCAGGAGAACCCACAGAAGGCCAUGGAGUAUAUGAAGGAUCCCAAGAUUGCUAACGCACUAGAGAAGCUCAUCGCGUCGGGUAUUGUUCGUAUGGGUUAAUGGCCUCCUAAACACCGUUCAUAAACACACUACCGUAGUUGGGGUAUACGUAGAUUGCCCUUACGUUUACCCCUCGUACUGUUUCUUCCUUC